UGAAGAAACACUCCGCUCAUUCCAGAAAAGAUGUUCCACGCUGCCAUCGGGCCUUGCGUUAGGAAGCGCUCGAAACCGGCCAGCGUCGGUGGCCCAAAGCACUCGGUCAAGUUUAAGGAGGUCAGAUUGUACCUAGUGGAGAGGAAAAUGGGAUCCAGCAGAAGAAGCUUCCUCACCCAACUGGCCAGAUCAAAAGGCUUUAUUGUGGAUGACCACCUCAGCGACGAGAUCACUCACGUGGUGUCUGAAGACAGCAGGGCAUCAUCGCUGUGGGCGUGGCUAAAGGGCUGCGGCCUGACCAAUCUUUCCAAGAUGCAAGUGCUGCACAUCAGCUGGUUCACUGACAGCAUGAGAGUGGGGAGUCCUGCUGCUGUGGAGAACAGACACCUCAUUCAGGACACACCGCCUGCAUUACAAGAAGGAUCGGCCCCGGCUCCGGCACCGGCCCCGGCCCCGGUGGCUCCCGUUUCUCAAUAUGCCUGCCAGAGACGGACAAGCACGGACAACAAAAACAAGAUUCUGACAGAUGCUUUCGAAGUGCUGGCAGAGUACUACGAAUUGAGUGAGCUCAAGGCUUCGUGCCUUGUCUUCAGGAGAGCUGCGUCUGUCUUGAAGAGUCUGCCCUGGACUGUGCAGUGUAUUGAGGCCACUCGGGGCCUGCCCUGCCUGGGGGAGCACACCAAGGCAGUCAUGGAGGAGAUUCUCCAAAGUGGCCAUUCAUUUGACGUUGAGCGAAUACUCUCCAGUGAGCGCUAUCAGACCUUAAAGCUGUUCACAAGUGUAUUUGGGGUUGGACCCAAGACGGCAGAGAAAUGGUACCGCAGGGGGCUACGCUCAUUUAGUGACAUUGUGGCAGAGCCCAGCAUUCAGCUCAACCCCAUGCAACAAAGCGGUUUUCUGCAUUAUGGAGACAUCUCGAGGGUUGUCACUAAAGCGGAGGCUCAAGCCCUGGGGAACAUUAUUGACCAAGCUGUCCGUUUGAUCACGUCGGACGGCGUAAUAGCGCUGACAGGUGGCUUCCGCAGGGGGAAGGAGGUUGGCCAUGAUGUGGACUUUAUUGUCACAACACAUGAAGUGGGCAAGGAGGGAUGUGUCCUGCGCCACAUUAUUGAUUCCUUCAAGAAACAAGGGAUUCUUCUUUACUGUGAUUACCAAGCGUCUACCUUUCACGUGUCAAAGCUGCCUUGCAAAAGGUUUGAGGCAAUGGACUAUUAUCCAAAAUGUUUCCUGAUCUUGCGAUUGGAGGCCAGUCAGGUGGACGGAGGUCUCGGCUGCGCCGAGGGGGACAACAGGGGAUGGAGGGCAGUGCGUGUGGACCUGGUAUCGCCGCCCAUGGAUCGUUAUGCCUUUGCUCUUCUAGGAUGGACUGGCUCCACGCAAUUUGACAGAGACCUCAGGAGGUUUGCUCGGAAAGAGAGAAGGAUGAUUUUGGACAAUCAUACCCUUUACGACAAAACCAAGGGAGAGUUCCUGACAGCUAGGAGCGAAGAGGACAUAUUUGCUCAUCUGGGUCUUGAGUACGUUGAGCCUUGGCAGAGAAACGCAUAGGCAUUCACUUCUUCUUCCAUUUGUCAAAGCCGCCGCCGUCGCCAUUAGGCCCAUUCGUCUGCUGCAAAAGUCUUGCUUUUGAUUUUCAUACAGUUGUUUACCACUGAUCCUAGUUGUUGUUUUUUUUUUUUGCUUGUGCAUGAUUGAUAAUGUAGCUCAUUCACUGUUAUCAGGAAGUGAAUAAACACACCGCUUCAUUCACCGUU